AAAUGUCCAUGUCAAUAUGUGUCAGUGGAAUGGCAUGCAUCUACGUGGCAUAUCCUUACCCUUGGAGAUUGCUACUACUCUACUGGACUCUCUCCCUGUUCUCUCUCUCUCUCUCUCUCUCUCUCUCUCUCUCUAAUCCACAGACAGAGCAUACACAUCUUUUCUCUGCUUCCUUCUUUCCUAACCAAUCAAACAAACAGGAUCUUCUGCCGCUGAGUAGUGAGAAGUUGAGUUCAAAAAAAGCAAGAAAAUGAAACCAAAGACUGGUUUAGAACUCAUUUUGAAUUAUUCUAGUCAAUAUCAUAAGGAAAAACUGCAAAAUCAUGAGUCAAGUGCAGGUGCAAAUGCAGCUUCUAGAGCAAACAUACCAUUUUCUGCUACUGAUCCCUUAUCUGAAAUAGUUUGGUCUCAAGAUAAAGGUUUCAGUCUUAAAUGUGUUGAUUCGAGUUAUACUAACAAAAAUACUUCGCUUUUCCGUGAUGUUGAACCCAGCAGUAUGGUUCUUGCUCUGCUACAAAGUGUUACUUGUGCCACAGAUAAACCUAUAGAUGAUGUUUUUGUAAAACCUCUUUCUGUUUUAUGCGGGAAGAGCGAUGUUUCUUCAACAGAUACUCCUAGGAAUCCAACAAGUGAUACAGGAUCUGGUGAUAAUUUGAAGAAAAUGAACUCUGCAAUAGGAACACCUGAUUUGCCAAAUGGUCAAAGGGAAAAUUUAAUGAACCACUUGGAGAAGAAUAUUUGUGUUCCAGCCAACAUUGAAAUUGAAGCAACUAAAAUAUUUGAUAUAACGGAAAAAGAAAACAAAUCUUCUACUAUUUCAGGUCAGUUCAGCCAAAGGCCAGUUGGUAAUUUACCGGUUAAAGAAGAUGGAUCUAAACCAAGCACGGAACAGAAUCCUUCACCAAAGAAACAUUGCAAAGAAGACAUGGAUAUUGAUGUUGACAACAAGGUAGUUGAAAUAGAGGAUGACUCAUAUGCUAGAAUUGAACACAUGAUUGAAGAUGAAUGUUCUAGUCCUCUAGGAACCUAUUUAAUAUCAUCCGGCAUUAAUCAUUUUAAGAAAAUGGAACUAACUUCAGAGAAAGAUUUACUGACUUUCAACUGUGAAGCAGCUACUUCUGCAGCAUCAAGCAGAAUUCAUGUUUCAAAAUCCAAUAAGAAGAAAAACAAAUCCAAGGUCAAUGAAAUGAUGCUACCAUACAGUAAGAAUCUUCCAUUAAUGCAUUCUCAAUGUAAUUUCUUGGCAAGAAAUGAAAAUGAGCAUAAGUUGUUAUCAGGUGAAGAUUUAAAGUGUGAAAACUACAAAAGUACUAAGUUGUUUUUGGCAAGCACCAGUAGGAAGAGAUGCAAACAAGAAGUGAUAAUUGCGAGUAAAAAAGUCAAAAUGCAAAUUCAAGAAACUUCAUCAUAUUCUAAAUCCUGUGUUAAAAGGGAUAAUAGCUCAUUCAUGAACUUGGUUUCAAACAUGACAAAAGGAAAUUUGCAGUCUAGGCAAAACGAGGAGAAAUCUUCGGCUCUUGCUCAUGAAAACUAUGAUCGCUUUCAGUGUUUUGAUAAUGUUGGAACAAGAAUGUCUCGUCAAGUAGGUGAGGCUUCUAACAGUAGCCUUAUCAGACAGCAUUCAUUCUUACAGCCUCAAAUUAUGCCGAUAAAUUUUCUCAACAGUCAUGAACACCGGAGAUAUAACACACUGAAGAAUGAAAGUUCUUGCAACAUGGAGUUUGGUAAGGAGAAAGAAGGAACAGCAUUAUAUUCACCGAUUUCUUGUCUGAAUAACUGCAAGGUUGAGGAGACUAGCGAACAAUAUGCUGAUAACCAAUUGCUCAUUGAGACUAAAAAGUUACAGAAUUUUUGUAUCAACAAUGAGGCUUCUUCCAGUGGUGUUAAGGAUGAAAAGGUAAAUAAUGAUCACAUAUCAAAGCAUAAGGUCGGCCAUGUUACGCCUUUUCCGAGAUUGAAAGAUUCGGAACUAAUGGUUUCCAUGUUUGCCAAAAGGCUAGGUGCCAUCAAACAAUGCCAACAACCAGAAUAGUCUUCCACACAGGAAUACAUCAUGGAACAUUGCAUCACCUCAACUCAAUUACCAUUGGUGCUGUUGUUCCAACCGAAGAUCUCACAUAUGAAAGAAAAAAAAAAUGAUUGGAAAAUAAAUAACAUUAAAAGAAUGAGUUUAUUCUCUCUUUGUAAUAAACAAAAUUCUGUAUUAUAUUUUUCACAUUUUUUAAUUGUAUAUUCUUUUUGGACUGGUUUGUAUAUUCUUCUUUUUGUAUAUCAUAAUCGGUAAAAGACCUUCUAUUCCA